UUUGUUUUCUUGUGUCUGUGUUAGCGGCUGUGCAUGUUUGCCUGUUCUUGUCAUUUCCUGCUGGUGAUCAAGUCAUGCCACGUGGAAGAGAUGUCAGCAACAGCUGUUGCCUCCCACUGCACCUAAAUGAAGACAAUGCUCGUUUUGGCUUGUUGGCGGCCCUCAUCCUCCUCUACCUGCUGUGUGGGGCGGUGGUGUUCUCCGCACUUGAGCAUCCCUCUGAGCUGCAGGCUCACAGUCGCUGGGACGAACAGCUGGCUAACUUCACUGAGCAAAACAGCAUAAACCUGAAAUCCCUAGAGGUCCUCCUAAAGCAAUAUGAGGAGGCCUUUGCUACUGGGAUCCGAGUGGACAAACUUAGGCCCCGCUGGGAUUUCUCAGGAGCCUUCUACUUUGUUGCUACAGUGGUCUCCACUAUUGGCUUUGGCAUGACCACUCCCGUCACCAUUGCAGGUAAGAUCUUUUUGAUAUUCUACGGACUUAUUGGCUGCGCAGCAACAAUCCUCUUCUUCAACCUCUUCCUGGAGCGCAUCAUCACGAUGUUGGCCUACAUCAUGCGCUGGUGUCACGAGCGACAACUGCGCCGCUCUGGCAUGGGAGGAGAGGAGGCCAGGAGCGAGGACGACAGUCUGGAAGGUUGGAAACCAUCAGUCUACUACGUAAUGCUCAUUCUGGGCAUCGCCGCCCUGCUGAUUGCAUGCAGUGCUUCUGCGUUGUACUCUGCCAUGGAGGAAUGGGACUACUUUGAGUCCUUGUACUUCUGCUUUGUGGCCUUCAGCACCAUUGGCUUCGGGGAUGUGGUGAGCAGCCAACGGGAGUUCUAUAAAGCUCAGGAGGCCUACCGUCUCGGCAACUGCCUCUUCAUCCUCAUGGGUGUUUGUUGCAUUUAUUCCCUGUUCAAUGUCAUUUCCAUCAUUAUCAAGCAGACGCUCAACUGGAUCCUCGGCAAACUGGACUGCAGCAGGGCUCAGUGUCCCUGCCGUGGCCGUCCAUACAGAAGAAGAGGUCAGGCCUGCUGUUGCUGUUGCUGUUGCUUUCCACGCAUUUCCAACCAGCGGCACAACCACCACCCUCAACUGGGACAUUCCCGGCAGAGGGCUCAAAAGCGCAAUGCCGUGCACCCUGCCCCGGCUAACGAAGCGGCAGGAAAGCGCUUCACUAAUGCAUCAGUGGAAACAGUUUGUGAUAGUGAGACUGAUGCUGGCUUAGGACCAGAUGGAGGUUAUCUGACAGGGCGCAGACUGUCUGGAGAAAUGAUCUCAGUCAAUGACUUUAUGACCAACAAGGUUUCUCUGGCCAUUCUACAGAAGCAACUCUCAGAGACUGCUCACGGUAAUCCAAGGCAGAGCCACGUUCGCCAGAACGGCUUCUCCGGUGGAGUGGGCGCCUUUGCUAUCAUGAAUAACCGCCUUCAGGAGACAAGUGUCGAGAGGUAGCUCGGUCAUACAACGAUGGCGUUGGAUAUCGCACAUUAAGGAUAACUUUUAGUAAGGGUUGUGUACCUUUCAGAACUGAAAUGAGAAUGGCUUUAAAAUCCCGAAUUUCAAUUGCAUUUGAGUUGCUGUAACAAACAGAA